AUGGACCAUGUGCUGCCCGGAACAGCCAGCCCGCUGCUUCACAACCAGCCAGCCCCUGCCGCGACCGCUGAGGGUGCGAAAGCGGCCACCACCCCCCAUCGCCCGGAGGAACCCUUUACCUGGCCUGAAAUCCCCGCCUCUAGAAAACGCUCGCGGGCCUCCGGGUCCGAGGCACCCACGCCUCAGCGUCCGCCACCCUGGCCGCCUUCUCAGCGCUGUCCCGCGGCGCAAUUUUCAAAAGAUGCAGCGGCCAGCGCAGGACCCGGGCGGCCCGGGAGCUCCGAGAGCGCCGCCCAGCCCGCGGUGACCCGCGCCCUCCGGCCGCCGACAGCGCCCCCCGCGACGACAGCGCCCCCCGCGACGCCGACCUGCGCGCAGGCCGAGUCUAGGGGCAGGAGCCGGGUCGGGACAGGUGGCGCCUCCCUCCCCGGAAGUAGCUCCGGGAACUUUCUCCAGGAGCCGCCAAGGGCCCGAGGCUUUAUGAUGCUCCCUGUAGCUGGUGUGGGGGUAAAGAAGAAGAUUGGACUCUGGAUGCUGCUGGAGGUCUGUCGGAGGAAAAGAGGGCCCACGUGAAGGGCCUAGGGUGAAGAAGAAGCUAAGCAGGAAACAGGUGAAGCGGCAGAAGGCGCCAAGGGUCAGCCACCUCUUCUCCUGAACUACUCGGUUCAAUUCAGCUGUUCUCCCUAACUGCAAGCUAGGACAGAUCCAGAAGGGGCAGUUGCUUCUCUAAAUCCU